AUGAAGAUAAUAACAACCUUCUUUGCCUCGCAAAGUAGAAGCGAUCAACCUUUUGACAAGAAACGUUCACUCGCAUCCACCUCUGUGAAGUUGCAUUCAACAGACGAAAAAAUGUCAUCCACCACUGCCACCAACAAUAAAACUGAGCUUGUUCAACUUUCCACCAAUUAUCCCGCCUCGACUGAACAGACUAAAGUUAAACCCUGCUGUGCUUGUCCCGAUACAAAGAAGGCUCGAGAUGAAUGCAUAUUUCAAUACAAUGACGAAGAAAAAUGUAAAAAUCUAAUCGAAGCUCAUAAAGCCUGCAUGCGUAGCUUUGGAUUUAACAUUUGA